AUGCCCGGCGACAUUCUCAAGAAGCGCAAGAUCGCUGUCCUCGGCUCCCGCUCCGUCGGCAAGUCCUCGCUCGUGAUUCAGUUCAUCGAGAACCACUUCAUCGAGUCCUACUACCCCACCAUCGAGAGCGUCUUCAACAAGACCGUCAACUACAAGGGCAUCGACUACGACUGUGACAUCAUCGACACCGCUGGCCAGGACGAGUACACGAUCCUGAACUCGAAGCACGCGAUUGGCAUCCACGGAUACGUCCUCGUCUACUCCGUCACGAACCACAAGUCGUUCGACAUGGUCCACGUCGUCUACGACAAGAUCAUCAACUUCUGCGGCAUGAACUCCAUCCCCUGCGUCAUCGUCGGCUCCAAAAUCGACUUGCAGAACAGACAGGUCCAAGCGAAAGAGGGCCAGCAACUCGCCACCGAGCUUGACGCAAUACACGUCGAAACGAGCGCGAAGGAGAAUGUCAACGUUGCGAAGGUAUUCGAGCUCUGCCUCGGAGAGAUCGAGAAGCGGCAACCAAAUAACAAGGCGGAGCCCCCAGCGAGCAAGUGCAUCCUCAUGUGA